AUUUUCAGAGGAAGAAUUUGAAAAAAUUAAUAGUAUGAAAGUUCACAGUGAAUCUAAAGUGUCAGUAUUAGAAAAAGAAUUAACUGCAUCCAAAGAGAAUUGUGAAAAAUUAGAAAAGCAAAUAGAUGAAUUGAAUCAGAAGUUAAGUCAGCAGAGACAAGUUUCCAAACCGUCUACAUCAGCAGGUCCGGUUGAUAGAGGAAGCAUUACUGCAGAGCCACUUACGGCAAAUAUAAAACCGUUGGCUCCCUUGGUCCAACAGUCUGUCACGACGGUACGUCACUCGCCCCAUUCUCAUUCUGUCACUACCAUGACUCGAACAACUCCGACAGCCAGCAUCAGACCAAUCGCCAUCGGAACCGUGUCUACGUCUGUCACCGUACCUUCCCAGACCAGAAUGGCUGCUGUAUUACCUACCACGGCGACUGCCGCUUCUGGAACGGCUUCAGUUUCUGAAGAAGAAAUUCGUUCUAUUGCUUCUCCAACAUCUUCGCAUUUAUCACCAGCACUCCCUCAAGCCACGGUUCAACCGACUCCUACCGUUCCGACUGCAGCCAUUACAUCUGUUGUCGUCAUAGGAGACACACCAUCAGCAGCAGUGGCUCCUUCCCCUCAUGCUGUAUCAUUACAUGAACCGUCUUCAUCAUCAUCUUCAGUGAUCUGCAUGGGUGAAGUAGAAGAAUCCAUUCCCUUACAAGAAUUACCGCCUUUGUCUAGUAUCACUUCGUCUAUGGCUCCAGCUACGGCUCUAGUUAGUCCAAGAGUUGAAAUUGCAGAAGAUGUCUCAGAACAGAUAGAGAUCACUGAUACAACUGCAUCACCCUCUGUUAUUGUAUCUCCUUCAGGAUUUUCAACUGGAACUAGCAACAUUACACAAACUCAAGUAGUUGUUCCUACAGUAAAAAGACAGCGAGAUGAUUUAGCUAGUCAUGGUGAAUCGCCAGAGCAUAAUUUACCUCAUAAACGUAUUCGUAUGAAGUCUGAAGGAAGCCAGACAACUCAGCAGUUACCAUCGGAGGUUCCCGAAUCUAGUUCCGGAAGUAUCAAUAUUGCAGUAGUGAUGAGUCAGCCUUCUAGUACAGAAACCAUUACCGAUAGAAAGUCCGAAACGCCAAUUACCAGUGAUGUUUCUUCAGAGCAAGAAAAGUUCUCUGAUCAGGGAACGGUUAAAAAGUUAAUAAGUAGUCAGGCAGAGGCAGAAGAUUCUAUACCGACGGUUUCAGCCAAAGUUAAAAUUCCUACCGACGAAGAAGAAGUUAUUAUUGUAGAAAGUGAUGAUGAAAAACAAAAGGAAGAGAGUUACGAUGAGCAAGAAGGAGAUGACUUUAAUGAAGGAGAAGAUAUGGAUGAUGACGAAGGUGACGAGGGCACACAGACAGAUGAUUAUGAUGAUGACCAUCAAAUGCAAGAAGGAACCUAUUCGGUAAAUUUGACAUUAAUUACAGAACACUUUUUGUAUGCAUUUUAUUUGAAACUCAUAUUGUAUAGAAAUACUUUUCUAGUAAAUAAUUAAAUGA